UGGUGGUGGUGAAGCGUUGUGAAGGUGACUGAGUAUCGCUUCCGACUCGCUUUAGCUUCAGUCAGUAUCCAGAACUGUUACAGACUACACCUCCUUGUCCUGCUCUCCCUCCUUCCUUCACUACAUCCGCACCUAACUGGACAAACGUUGGCUGCUUCUAGUACACAGGUGGACAAACGUUACCUGGAUCUUGUACACAGGUGGAUAAACGUUACCUGGUUCUAGUACACAGGUGGAUAAACGUUGGCUGCUUCGAGUACACAGGUGGACAAACGUUACCUGGUUCUAGUACACAGGUGGACAAACGUUGGCUGCUUCUAGUACACAGGUGGACAAACGUUACCUGGUUUGAGUACACAGGUGGGAAAUAUUAGCUAAGUUUAUACCAUUAUUGUUCAAGCAUUAGUGAAGGAUCUCUGGAGACACUCCACUAAAAACAAGUGAAAUACAACAUAAAACCAAAUACAAUAAAUUGCCUACAACAACAACAGCAAAAAAUAAUACAACAGUAGUACUUAACAUAACAAUUCACUCGUUAAAAAAAAAGUUUAUCAGAAAAUACAACCAUAGUUAAGUGACUAACUAUGAAGACCUAAGAGAUGUGGUCAGGAAGCAAUGAUCAGGUUGAAGUACCAUAACAUCAUCGCCGUCAGGAGAAAACAUCUGAACUUCUACUACAAGAUAACGGUACCAGCCUCAAGGACGUACUAAUGCGACAGAAGACCACCUUGAGGAGCACCAGAGGAAUAACGAGACUCGGGAGACUUGGAGUUUGUAGGAAUUUUGUAGGGUAGACACCUAACACCCAGGGAGCAGCGAGGUUAUUAUUAUCAGUAAUGGUAACAUGAAGUGUGAGAGAUACAAGGUAGCAUCAUCAGUGUGUGUACAUCACUCGAGUUAAGGCUACUUCGGGACAUAGAAAUAUAGGUUAAAAACAAAAGUGGUCCCAAGAUGUUACCCUGAGGUACUCCCGAAAUAACGUUAAGUAACUGGAACAGCCGUUGUUUGGGUCUAGUACAUGGCUGAGUAAUGUGUCUCACCUAACAGCUGGACAAACGUUUCACCAGUACCCCUCCUCACCGUGAACUAAGCUCACUGUGUCGCGGCGUAACCUAGAACACCGUGGCCGGAGAGUACCAGAGGUAAACAAACCCAGUGACUAGGAAAUUUUUUGACUUUGGAGAAAUUAUCGCCAGGAGAGCUAACACCAAGAGAUAUAACGUCACGAUGAUGUUCCACGUGUUUGUUAUAGUAUUCUUGACUGGAGGAGUGUGGGCAGACUCCAGCUUACUCCCAGACAACUAUCAGAAACAUAUUCGUCCUGAACCAGAUGGAGAAGGAGGUGGACCGCUGAGGGUAGGGGUCGGGUGGCACGUGGGUAGAAUUCAUGAAGUCAACAUCAACGAUAUGACGGUGACGAUGACUGUGCGGGUAGGAAUAGCCUGGAUGGAGUCUCGGAUGAUUUACAACGGUGAGAGCCAUACGGGUGACCACGAGAAGCUGUUGCCCCUUGAUCUUGGGUUCCUGCCUAAGAUCUGGAAACCUGAUCUCUUCUACCUGGACACUGUCGAUAUUAAGAGGUUCUCCAUGGUCGAGGAUGUUGCUGGUGUCUGGCUCAUGAAGAAUAAUACCAUCUAUUUUUCUUUCCUGGUCAAGAUUACCCAGGACUGCCCUAUGCAUUUUGGGUCUUAUCCCUUCGAUGUCCAGCACUGCACAAUGACCCUUACCUCCUACGAGUACAACGCCGAAGAGCUCCUCCUGUACUGGCUGCCAGAGGGCGUCACCACCUCCCACCGCGUCCACUCUCACCUCCCGGGCUACACGCUGGACGUCCUACCUACUAACCUCACCAAACACCACUGGUGCCGCAACUGUUUACUAGAACCCUCAUCCGCCGCUACGUCUGUCUUGCGUCUGAAGCGCCAUUUCUCCGCCUACCUGCUAGCGGUGUACGUGCCUUCCUCACUGCUCGUGGCUGUGGCUUGGGUAUCAUUCUUCUGGCCGCCCGAGCCCUUACCUGGUCGGACUGCACUAGUGAUCACCGCCCUCCUUACCCUCGUCUCCACCUUCGUCGCCGCCAGACAGUCAAGCCCCGAGACGGAUUACGUGAAGGCCAUUGACGUGUGGUUCUUCGUGUGUUUGUGCCUCAAUGUCUUCUGCCUCUUUCAGUUCGCAGUCAUCAUUACGCUGAGGCGACGACAGAAGGCCGUAACGCCUGAGACGGGUAAGUCGAAAUCGAUGAUUGGUGGAACUGCUGCGUUGGUGGCGUCUAGGAGUGCUCAGAAUGAUGCUCACCUGUCCAGAGCACAAAGGUGGGAGGCCAUCACUGAGCUCGCCUCUAAAAUCCUCCUACCUAUUAUCUUCCUCCUGUUCAAUAUCAUCUACUGGCCUUACUUCCUCGUCAGUACCGAUCACAACCACAUCGAGGAAGACAUUUAUGAGUGAGGGUGUCCUUCUGAACGAGGUCAUUUAUCUGUAGUAACUCAUUCAUGUACAGUAACUCAAGCUAUUAUAAUAAAGGUACCCCAUAUAUAAAUGAUAUUCCCAUUUCCUGGAUUUCAUAUAACCAGCACAGUUUUUUUUUUAAUUGCACCAAAUGACUUAGAGAAAUGUUAAAAACUAGAAAAAUAGUUUUGAACUUUUCAUAUGUUUAUUUACAUGUUGGGUGUGUGUGUGUGCGUAAAUAAUAACAACUCGAUUAUAUAUGGAAUUACUUAACUGACAUCUUUAUGUGUAAAUCAAGAUAGGGGAGAACGGUAUACAGGAAUAUCCGUUUCGUAAGAAUAGAGUUGUGAAAUAUUAAACCAUCAAAAGGUGGUGGUCGGGAAAUACUACAUAUUCUUAAAUUAUUUCAGUUAGUCUUUCCAUCUUGUUGGUUUUUCUUCUUUAACACAGAAAAUGGUAGCCCUUCUGUUUCAGUGUCAACAAUCCUUCCCUAUUCAUCUAUUAAUCAAAUACUACAGAGCAGUCAACCGUUGACUUUUAGCGCCAAUAGAAGACUGGAUAUACGCUAAUGUAAUAAUGUGCCGUAUAUCACAGACUUUGGCACAGUCCCAUACCAGGAGUGACUGGGCGCGAUAAUUUUUUGGUUGACUGUACAGUAGGCCUUUUUAAUUACAAGAUGUUCAUAUUCUCUGUAAAUUGUUCUUACAUUUUCUGCCUGAACUGAUAAAAAAUAUAUAACAAGUAAAUGUAAUUGUUAGUAAAAGUAGCAUAGCUAUUCAAUUUAAUGCAAUCAAUUACUGUGCAGCAUGUAGCACAUUUAAGAAAAAUAAAGUGU